AUGGAGGACCUCAACGGCCUAAGUUGGUCCUCCGACACAAGCAAGACGAAGAAACCCCCGCCCAUGGGUUCUGGAUUUUUGUUUCCUAGUAUUCCAUCAAAUGGCGGCUCCGGCAGGUCUACACCGUUAUCCGCCGCGUCGAAUCGCUCAAGCUCGCCAGCUAAGCCCCCCGCAUCGACUGGCGACAGCUUCGCCAAUCUAGUUUCAUUUGGCCCUUCCGCUGGAAACAAGAACCUUUCUCUCGCGGAACAACAGAAGCGGAUGCAGGAGGAGAAGGCCAAGGAGGAUGCCGAGAAACGCAGCCGAUUCGAAUUGCAAUACGGAGGACAGAACAACCAAUUCUGGGACAACUUUGAACAAGGACGUACGCAGAGCCCGGCUGUAGCUCCAGUUCCGCAGUCGGUAUCAUCGCCAGCCGACGAAGACGAUAUUCUAGCUGCCUUCAAUUCCGCUGCGCCGGUUGACGCAUCCACUCAUUUUCCAGUCCCAAACUCCGCUAGAUCAUCGCCUCGAAUCGACACGAACAGUCGGCAAACACCUUCCAAUGGAGGAAUCUCGAUGCAGGACAAUACAGGGGGUCUGAAUAAUCUUGAUGAUGACGACCCGUUCGGUUUGAAUCAAUUGAAGCCCAAGGCCGCCCCCGCGCCUGUCUUCGAACAAGGCGACGAUGACGAUUUUCUUGGAUUACUAGGAAAGCCCGUAUCCGAGAUUCCUCGUCAACAAUCGCCUCUUGCGUCAGUCACGCCCACAGACCGCGGACGCGACCAAGAUGCAUCCCCCAUGCCUUCAAACGACGUCGAUCGAGCCAUUGCGGAGCUGGUCGACAUGGGAUUUUCUACGGACAGGUCUCGCCAAGCUCUGAAAACUACCGAGUCUGGAACCGAUGUACAGGUUGCUGUUGGGUGGCUUCUUACCCAGGCCCAUGCCGAAUCUCGGCAGAAAUCCGACGGACGCCCUAGCGGCCACCCUGCUGAACGACCCGAAAGAAGCGACAGCCGUCAUCGCGAUGCGCCCACCUGGAUGAGGGAAGAGCGAACACAAUCUCGCAAUCGCGAUAACAGGAGCCCUGCCUCAGCAGACAAGGAUCCUGCGCAGAUGGCGUCGCAAUUCGGUAACAACUUGCUGAAAUCCGCAGGCUCGCUCUGGAAAACCGGUAGCAAGAAGUUUCAGCAAGCUGUGAAUGAAUUCAACGCCGAGCAUGACCCCAGCCAGCCUCGCUGGAUGAGAGAACCAUCCGCACACGAUCAAGCUCCUCCACAGCCUCAACGCCUAAGUCGCCGUGAGCAGCCAGCCCAGGCCCAAGCCCAGAAGCAACCGCAAGAUUUCACAAAUGAAGCUCUUCUUCUUGAGUCUGGUGAUGGUCGGUCUCGCAAACCCACUCGUCCCCGUGAAAGCCCCCAACCUGAUCCUAGGAAUCUUCCUCCCCGCAACCAGCCCUCUCCAGGCGCUGCGCAACAAAGACAGCAACCCAAUUUCCUCCAGCGCCCAUCCAGACAAACCUCCCAGGAUCCAAAAACUCGACUUUCACGGUUUGCUGCGGAAGAGCAGUCAACGGAAGCCUAUGUCAGUCCCGCAAGACGCAGGCGCCCACAAGCGUCACCGCAGCCUGAGCCCAAUGUCGACCUAUUUGACUCUUCUGCGCCCUCAGCUGGUCGCCCAAAGCCAUCUCCCCCAGCUCAAACUAUUACACCUCCUGCACACUCAAUUCCCAUUCCCGUGCGCCCCAAAGCCCCAACACGGUCUAUCCCCCCUGUAUCGCCACAGGCACUUGAAUCAACACAUCGGCACCGUGGUAAGGCUGCAGAAUCAUAUAAGCGAGGCGAUUACGCAGAAGCCCACCAAAGCUUCUCUGCAGCUCUUGCUAUGCUUCCUGACAACCACCCUAUUACAAUUAUCAUUCGCAGUAAUCGCGCAAUGACUGGUCUAAAGAUUGGAGAGCCUAAGUCCGCGAUCGAAGAUGCAGACGUCAUCCUCACUUUCAUCGGCCCAUCCAGGGGGGAAUCUGAGACGAUUGACCUCGGAACCGGCGAAGCGCCCAAGCCCAUGAAAGAUUUCUACGGCAAGGCAUUAAUGCGCAAGGCCGAAGCACUCGAGCAACUGGAGCGCUGGGGCGAUGCAGCGCAGGCAUGGAAGCUGGCCGUCGAAUCUGGCCAUGGCGGAAGCACAAGCAUCGCAGGCCGGAACCGAAGCGAGAAAGCCGCUGGCACCAGCAAACCCCAAUCCAAGCCCGCUGCCCCUGCCAGGAAGAAGCCGUCGCCGGCACCUAAACAGGUAUCUGCUUUGUCGGAUCUCACUGCCACUUCGGCGUCUGGGAAGGACUUUGAAGCUGUCAGUCGUUUGCGACAAGCUAACCAGGCAGCUGAGCGUGCCGACGAAGAGAAAUUCGCUCUUACCGAGAGCGUCGAUCUCAGGCUUGCCACCUGGAGGAAUGGCAAGCAAGAUAACCUGCGCGCUCUCCUGGGCAGUCUGGAUACUGUGCUGUGGCCCGAGGCCGGAUGGAAGAAGGUCGGUUUGGCCGAACUGGUUUUGCCAAACAAGGUCAAGAUUCAGUAUAUGAAAGGUAUUGGCAAGGUGCACCCUGACAAGAUUUCUACCACUGCCACUACUGAACAACGCAUGAUUGCUGGAGCUGUGUUCGGAACUCUGAAUGAAGCUUGGGACAAGUUCAGGGUUGAGAAUAAUCUAUGA